UUUUUUUCUUAUCGUAAAAAAAAAAAAACCUUCUCUUUUAUUUUAAUUUUAUUUUAUUUUAUAUUUUAUUUUAUUUGGUUUAGUUUAUUUUCUAUUUUUUAUUUUUUUCUAAAAUAUAUACAUUGUAUACGCAGUAUUAAAAUAUAUUUACAUUAUAACGUUAAAAAAUAUGAAUAAUAGUAUUAUUGCAGUCGAUAUCUUACCGGAUGAUGAUGGAAAGGUUAUGAUGUAUGGAGCACCUAAUAAAGAUACUACAUAUUUAGUUUCUGGUAAACUACGUAUUAUAUUAUCAAAACCAUUAAAAACAAAAUUAAUUUCAAUCAAAUUAAAAGGAAAGUCCGAAUAUUCAGAUUGGGAAAAUCAAUAUUCAUGUAUUUAUUUACUAAAAUUGGAAAAAGUUUUACGUGAAAAAACAACUUUACCAAGUGGAGUAACAGAUUUAGAUUUUGAAUUUCAAGUUAAUGGGAAUAUACCACAAAGUUAUGUCACAUCCUUUGGUCUUAUAAGAUAUAAUUUGGUAGCUACUGUACAACCAAGUUCUUUAUUAUUAAAACAAGGUAGAGCUGAAAAAUCCAUUAAUAUUUCAAGACAUUAUUUACCUUGUAGAAGAGAACUUUUACCUGCUCCUCCUACUAAAGUUUAUCGUGGUCAAAGAAAAAAUAUUUUAAAAUAUGAAUUAGAUAUUCCAACUGUUAUUUGUAUAAAUGAAACUUCUUUAUUAAUUAGAUUAAGAUUAUUUCCUCUUUGUAAUCAAGGAAGAGUUAAAAAAGUUGCUUUUGAUUUGAUACAAUCUGAAAAAUAUAGGUGAGUAUUUUAUUUACCCUACAUUUUUUUUUUUUUUUUUUU